AUGGAAGACAAAUCCCCAUCCUUUUGUCGGCUAUGCAACAUCGCGCUAGCCAGCCCAACUGAUUGGCGACAGCAUGCAAAGAGCGAUUGGCAUGUCUACAAUCUUCGCGUGCGAGUUGCAGAACCCGGAACAGUCGUGGCACGGCCAUCUUCGUCAUCAAGCUCAAAGGCAUCUUCGGCAUUAAACGCCCAAAAAGCCGUCGAUGUAGUGAGCAACAAUUAUUUGGAUGACGAUCCCGACAAAGUCGAUGCAGAGGUUUCUGUAGAGCCAGGGUUUAACCCUGGACAAUGUCUCUUCUGUGGAACGAAAAAUGACACCUUCAAGGACAAUCUCGCGCAUAUGUCAACGGAACACAGUUUCACUAUACCUCAUGAAGUCGAUCUGAUAGUCGAGCGUGAUACGCUUAUCGGAUAUUUGCAUCUAGUUAUUUACGGAUAUCGCGAGUGCAUUCUUUGCGCCACGUGCCGUAGUUCUGUUGAAGGGAUUCAGCACCAUAUGAUAGCCAAAGGGCAUUGCCGAUUUAACGUCACCUCAGACACUGCAGAUUUUUACACCAUUCCCACGCUAGAGUAUCAUGUCGAUGAAGAAUUAUUGCGACUACCAUCAGGCAAAAUCCUCAGUCACCGUACGAGAGCAUCUGGACCAGCUGUGCCGACAGUAGCCCGCCAGACAGGGGAAAGACGCAUAGACGCUGCAGCAUCACAGCUAAUGACACCAACACAUCCAUCACAUGUUGUUCGAGUACAAGAUGAUGAUACUACAGCACAGCCUCACACUCAAUUGUCACGGCUUACACGCGGCGAUCAGCAAAGUCUGGCACAUCUACCAAACCACGAAGUCCGGUCGCUGCUUGCAACUAGUGCUCGGCAUAUCGAUCAAUUGAGGCGGGAAGAAAAAGAUGCACAGCUGAAGUUGGAUACGGCAGGAAAUACUACCUUGACCGGACAUUUUAGAAUGGAUACAUCUAAGCGGUUCCGAGGUCCUUGGGGUUAG